AUUUAAAAUUUAUUUCCUGAAAUGUUGUUUUUUUUCAGAGCUAUGAUCCAGGAAUGGACAGCAUCGCUUUACAGUCUGAGAAGAAGCGAAACUUGUCGCCAUUUCAAGAGAUACCUCAGCCAUGUGAGAUUGACAGCGAUGCCUUGUGUGCCAGGCCCAGACACCCGAGAUGUAACGUCACAUACCCAGCCUCGGACAGUGCAGAAGACAGUGUUUGUAAAGUCAGAGUGGACUGCCAGGCUUCCUGCUCUGCCAGAUGUUUCGCUGUGCGCAUGGCUAUUCCCGGAGGCCUCAUCAGACCGUCUACCAUCUUUAAUUUUAGUAUAAGCACUUUUGAUACCAACGGGACAGAACGAUUCUCUAGAGCCUGGGAAAACAAAUCACAGAUGUUCUCUGCCAUCAAAGUCGCACAGAUCCUCAGCAGUCGAAGGUACGCGAAGUUUCUGGUUAGUUCUGCCUUUGAUUGUUCCAACUUGUUAGUGUGCCAGCCGUCUAACGAAGCCAUGCAACAGUUAUAGACAGAGUAAAAAAAAAAAAAAAAGGCAAAUAUGAUUGUAAACAUUUGUAGAGUUUUAACAAUGUAGGAUUAGUAUUGUUAUUUUAUUAUUAUUUUAUUAUGAUUAUUAUUGUUAUUGUUAUUACUCUAUUAUAAAACAAGGCCUAAUGGUCGUUCUCUAGCGUUGCGCGGAUUGGGAGAAAGAAAAAUGAAUUGUAGUUGCCUUAAAUGUAUCUACGCUUGCACACGUUGAUGAUGUGGCAGGUCUGCUGACGUCACAAAUGAGAUACAGAAACUUUAGUAUAUUUAUUUUUUGCUUAUUAUUUAUUGUUUUUAUUGCUAUUAUUAUUAUAAAUGUUGUAAUAAGGAUUUUGUUAAAAAUUGUAAUACAAAUAAUAAAAUAAGUUUUAAUUAUUAAAUC